ACGCGUUUGCUCGUAUUGUGCCGAGUCUUGAGCUUGGACAGCAUUACAGCAAAUCAAAGUAGGAAUCGCUGGCCCUUCGUGUACGCGCGAGUGCUUUGUUUUGACGAGCAGCUGAUCCGGGGCUACUCGUUAAUCGCGUCGAUUAGUCCUCCAUCGCUGCAACGGUGAUUCUUUUUCACCGAUUUUUAACUUGUUUUCCGUCUACGUACACGAAAUUAUCGUACGGGUCGUGAACUUGUGUUUAAAGGGAUCGUCGGCUCGUACUAACAGUGCUCCGUUACAUCACAAAAACCGGAGGACGCGAUCGACCGAUACUUCGAGGAGCAACAGUACCUACACAACCUAUACGAGACACAGUUUUCAUUGAUGACAGGCGGACGAACGAUAAGAUCAAGAAUUGUUAUUAUGUGUUAUCCUACGGUUGAAAAGUGAUCGACUAUUUAAGACUUUUUUACGUGUGUUGGUUAAGCUCCCGUUUCCAAGGAACUGUACGUUUUCGUUUGUUCUCGUCGCCGAACCCCGGUCGGAACGAAAUUCAUUCAGAACCGUUCCGUAAAUAACGGUCGUGGGUUGCAAACUGAAUAGUACCUAAUUCGGUCCGCCUGUCGUUUUCUUGCUGCAUCUGGACCAUUUAACAGACUGUAACAAUAGCUUCCCUUCUGAAGGCUGUGCGGGACUUUUUUUUUAGUUACCGAUGAUCUCGUGAUAUAUUUCUCUUUACUCUUGCUUUUAUUAUAUUCCAAGUGUUUCAACGAAUCUCGCGAAGGAGUACUCGAAAGCAGUCAGACCUAGGUAUACAGCAUCGCUGCUUUCCUUCGAAUCAAUCUACGUAUAUACACACACGUUAUAUUUAUACAUACAUACGCGUCAUACACCUAUAGCAAGGUAUAUAUCGUCGAGUUUCUCGAGCUUUUUCGGUGUUGCUCGUAUUUUCGUCGGUUUGCGCGCCAUUCAACGCGACUCAACUUCGAUACCGAUACCUACCGACCACGACGGAGAAUAAUAACAAAGAAACAAUAUACGCGCGAAAUAAUCGAGAACGAAAUACGGUGAGCUGGUCGAACCCUACUCCGAGUUUGCGUGAAUCGACGAUGACGAACGGAUUGGUGAUCGAUGCGGCAUAAACCCGAGGGGGCCGUACUCGCGAGCGCUGUGAAACGAGGGGUACGGCCCCGAUCGAGCUGACUGCAGGAGUCAGCCUGAGGUGACAUAUCUUCUGUCGGUCGGGCGUCGCGAUUAUCGGACGCCAAGCACCACCGAAUGCCAGUGGAGUUUUUCAGGCGGGCUAGUGGCCGUUUCCCUCUUAUCGUCCGACUGGAAGAAGCUUGACCGGCCCGAAAAUGCUCUACAUAUUCCAUGUGGACACCGGCACUACUAUCACCUUCGACAUCAAGUUGGCGUUGCAGACUGUCGACCAGCUGAAGGAAGCGAUCGAGAGAGAAUGCGGCGUGAUCUCUGCGCACCAGGUGCUCCUGAUGAGUGGAGGCGAAAGCCUGGAACCAAACGCGCGUGUGUGUUCCUACUCGGCCGGAACCGACACGAAUCCGAUCUAUUUGUUCAGCAAGGCCGCUAUUGAGAGCCACCAUCCACCCACGCCAAGCAUAGACUACGGUUCCGAUGUCGAUCUUCAGAACCAAAUCGAUGCGUCGUUGGCGAUGCCGGCCACUUAUCAGACCCUCGUUGCCCGUGCCCAAUUGGCUCAGCAAUGCUGUGGAUUGGCGCGGGAGCAAACCAGGAUCUGCGAGAAGCUGGUCCACGAUCAACACCUUCAGCAACAGGGCUGGGCUGCCGUGGUCGCGAAUCUCGAGGACAUCACGCAGAUGUUCCAGUCACGGGCUGAUCUUUUUCAACAGAGUUUCGCCGUCUAUCUGUCGGAGAGACAACAACACAUGGAACUACUUCAAAACUUCAACUCUGACAUGGACACACUGGCGCAGAUUCCGAUUCUACCAGCGUUAAGAGCUCAGGCCGAAGGUCUAUUGAGUCUGGACGAUCAGCCAAAUCAAUCGGAGAAGGAUUCUGAUGGCAGGGAGGAGGUUUUCAGCUUGCUUAGAUGGAUCUCGGCGAAAGACAAUCAAAGUAGUCUGGAGCAAGUGGCGGAACAGUGUUCGAGGGGUUUGGAACAGUUCGACGAGAAAGUGAUGGAGGCGUUGAAGUCUGAUGUGAACGGGGCCAUUGACAACGCGAACAAGCAGGAUAUGAAGGACAUCAAGGGUCUUGGCGAAAGACUGUUUGCGUUAGAACAGCUGAUGGCGCAAACCAAGAAACUGGUCCAAGAGCAGGGAGAGCUUGCUCAGGGUUUUCUUCAAAAUCAGAGCCGAGCGAACAACUUGGGGGAUGCCAGUGUACUUCCUGAUCUCUGCACUUCGCACAGGCGCCAACUGCUUGUGAUGCUGAAAAAUCACAACAAAUUGCGCGACAUUAGGCGUAGGUGCAUCAAAGCGAAGGAAGAACUGUCGGUGAACAUCUAUCAUCGGCUCAAGUGGAUCAUGUACGUGGAGAAUAAGAUGAUGGAAGUGGAUGGCAAGCUGAUAAUGUACCAUGAAAGCCUGAAACGUUUGAAAAGGCAUCUCGGGGUGCUUCAGCAAAUCCAUCUAACGCCACAUAUGUACAUGAACGCUGUGGCCGAAGUAGUUCGAAGACGAACCUUCUCGCAAGCUUUCCUUGUUUGGGCUAGUAACCUGGCGUGCCAGUUAUUGACUGUUCAUAGCGAGGAACUGGCUCGUAGAAGAGAAUUCCAAAGCAAAUUCGAUGGUCACUUCUUGAAUACUCUAUUCCCUGGCCUUGAGGAUACGCCGCCACCUUUCGCCACACAAGCUCCGUCUGUUUUUGAUAACGAACUGCCCAAGUUGACAGCAGAGGAUAUUGAAUCUCUUAGAUCGCAGCUACCCGAACUGGCGCUCACUAUCUCGUUGCCAGAUCUGAACAGCAUCACGCAGUUCUUCCUGUCGAAGAGUCUCACCGAGGCAAGCACCGAUGGCAACAAAGAAAAAGAUAGCACCUCCAUGCGCGUCGAUGUAGCUACCAAGGAACAGGAACGAACGAGAGCUCCGAUGUUGUUCGACAGGGGUGGAUUCGAAUCGGAGACAGACACGGAGGAGUUCGAGAAGAUCGGGCAGGGUGCCACGGACUCUAAGCCGGAGUCGUACGAUGGCGCGAAACAAAUGCGUCAGAAGCAAUUGGAGGUUGGUGCCUCGCGAAGCGUGUCCCCCGCUUCCUCGACCUCAACUAACGUAUCCCCGCUUAAUUCGAAAGUCGCGGACCUGACGAACCGGUCAUCUUCCUCAAGCGAGCCUGGAUCCUUCCAUUUUCCCAGUCUGUCCGUCAGCGAGCGUCCAGCUCAGCUGAGUCCGUUAACCGAGUGUGCCGAGAACGGCGAAUCGAGCAGCGGUCUGCUUCAUUGCGCUACUGCGAACGGUCUUCCUAAAUAUCACGAAACGCCAUCGACGACGAUGGCCGAGGAGCCGAACUCCCUCAGUCCAAAUCCUCCUUCUUCCUUGUCACGGUCCGUGAUGUGCGACGGUCAGCAGCAGCAAUGCCAGCAGCUAUCCGGUAGUGGUGGUAGCAGCCCCUCCAUUGGAGUAUGCGCUACUGACUUCAUGGGUACUGAAUUUUACAUGGACGAAUCUCUGCCGAGCAGUCUCAGCGAGCAUCCCAUCGACGGUCAGCAUCAGGCUAUCGUUUCCCUUCUCCAGGAGAAUCUUGGGAACACGCGCGAGGAAGUGGAAAGGCUUAGUUCAAUCUUGAAGACGAUGAAGGUCGUGGUGUACGAGGCAUUGAGGACUGUCCGCCAGGAGCUGGCUGUUCUGAGGGAUCGAACCAACGAGGAGCAAGCUGGUUUCUCGAAGAUGACCGAACAGGUUCGCGAGGCUUUAUCGUUGUAUUCGCGCGAGUGUGAUCGUCGUCUUCGAGAACGUGAGCAAGAGCUCACCGUAGAUCACGAGCUCGAGAUGGCAGACGUGAAGAAGCUAAUGCAGAAUCGGGAGGAAGAGAUAUGCACGUUAAAACGAAAUCUCGUGGAAAAAGAAACCGAGUUGGCUGAACACGAGCGUCUAAUAUCAACUAUGCGUCAGAAACUGGAGAACGAACAAACGGAAAUGAGAAAUCUGCAAACGCAUCUGCAUCAACAGCUCGAAGAAACCUUGGAGCAGGCUCGCGCUGACAAAGAGGCGGCCGUUAAGAAGGCGAACGAUGAAAGGUUUAUAGAAAUAGCAUCCUUGACGAAUUCGGUAACGCAAAGCCAGAAACGAAUCCAAGAGCUGGAGGAAAGUUUGAAACACGCGCGCAGCGAACAGCAAAGGAUGGUGAAAGAAACAACCGAAAAGUUGCAAAUGGAAUAUAAGAACGAACUACAAUCCAUCAGAAGCCGUUUCAAGCUGAUGACUGCGUCAACCAUGGAAAGCAGUCCGAGUGAUAGCAGCCUUGAGAAGAUCGAGAGACCAGAUUUCAUCGAGCUAACUAGUCACGUGUUAGCUCAAUCGAUGAAAGACAUGAAGCCAGAAAAUUCUGCGACGAUACGAAGUAUUGAGGAUGAGCGGAUGGUGAAGCUGGUUCACGAUCUACGAUUGGCCACGCAAGCGAUAGAGGAGAAAGAUAGAACAAUAGAGAUGUAUAGGAGACGAGAAAUUGCAUUAACGGAGGAGUGCAAACGUUACAAGAGCACGAUUAGGCGUUUGAAAGAUUCGGAGAGCUUCAAGAAUGUUCUCAUCGAGGCUGGCUUACAUAAAGAACAUAGCGAGGAACAACUGGAAAUGAGCCAGAGUAGUCUAGAGGAGGAAACCAAGAGCUUGGAAACGGAGAAAGACGAGGUGGAAGUAUCUGAAUCGAAGAAAGUACGAUUGGAAGCGAGCAACGAUCCAAGUUGUCUAUCCAGAAGACUCGAGAUCCUCGAAAACGAGAACAAGAGAAUGAACGCGGAGCUGCAGAUGCUUCGUGAGAGCAAAGAGACGGCCGAGACGAAAGUCGAGACUUUGGAAGCGGAUAAGGUUCGGCUGGAGAUCGAGUUGGUGAAGGAACGAUCUAGAAGCUUCACUGCCACAGAUACGUUGCCUUCGUCAGGAAGUCGCGAGAAAGACAUGAACGAUUCUGUGGCGGUCGUUUCCGAUUCAAGUUCAUCUCAGGACGCAACGACCAGUCCGAAACCACAACGUUCGUGUGGCUGCAUCACGUGCUUCACGCACAUUAAAAAGAAAAUAGACACAACCGCCGCGAAGCUGGCAGAACUAGGCCAUAUCACCGUGACCAGCUGCGAUCCAGGGGAUAACGUAUUGGUGUUCUGGGAUGAGACGCACAGAACGUAUACGUUUUACCAGGAAUCGACGACGCUUCAUUUCCUCGACCCAAAAUCCACCGCUGCCUUGGAUUUGGUCUGGAAUCCUGACGAGUCGUUGAAAAAUACUCAGAGCAUCGUCGAAGUUGCCUCCAAGGAGUACUGUCAUGCUAUAAAGAUCGAUAACCGGUAUCGCGUCCCACGUGGCACCAAGUUCUAUCGAGUAAAAGCUGUGAAGCCUGUGGGUGAUAGUGCAGCUAUGUUAGCGAGCGUUCAAGAAGAGUAAUCGAGCGACGAGUUGAGAGGAACCCAUCGAUUCUCCGCCAAUUUGAUAAGCCCUGUGACCGCGGAUCCGUGUCGCGGGGAUGAACACUUGUGGCCUUGCACGUGCAGUUCAUCCGACACGCGGAUCCUUAAUAUACACGUUCGCAAUCAUCCGGAAAUCCUCGGAUCAAGGCCAAAACCUGCCAGAACUUUACGACGCUCAUCCUUGAAAGUUCACUAGCUGGGAGAAAGGUUUGGAUGAUCGAAAGAGGGGUAUGGAUACCUAGAAUUGGGUAUCAUUUACAAAUAGGGAUCAGAGACAAAAGGAUGCGCUGGCGUUUCAUUGUGAUACAAGUAAUUUUUAAACGAGUGAAACAAAUUGCCGAAUGCUGUGGUUAGCUGUGAAACGUAAUGAUUGUAUUCCUUUCUCGUUUCUUUUUUUCACAUGAGACCUGGCGUGAGAAUGAAGUGAGUGGGAGUGUAUGUAUGUGUGCGAGAGAGAACGUAAGAGAAAAUCACGAGCAAACGCAGAUAUAUAAUUAUUAUUACGAAUAACUAAACGCUAUGAAACGAUCUUUUACUUGUAAUUCGAUAAGUGUGACUGUUAAAAGUUACACGUACGCAAGUGCGGAAGAGAGAAUUUCUUGUAUUUUUUUCUUCUUAAUUUUGGAUGUAGAAGCGAAAUUUUUUCGUUCUGCGAUUCAAACAAUUUAAACUAUUAUUACUAUCACUACUACUAUUACUAUUACUACUACUUACUACUACUAUUACUACUGCUACUACUAUUAUUCUUAUCUUUGCACUGAGUGACAGCAAAAUGACGAGGAGGUGAACAAAAAAAGUCGUAGUGAAAUAAGUUUUGCAAAGAAACAAGCGAAAACGAAGAAAAAAAAUAUAUAAUUAAGAUAGAAGCAAGAGAAGGAGGUAUAACGAAAAUUACGAAUGCUUUGUAUAUGCAAACUACUAUAUAUUAUAUAUAUGAUAUAUAAUAUAUAAUAUAUAUAAACGCGUGUACACAGUUUAUCGUGUAUUGAUGCGUGCAAUAUUCGUAUAUGAGAAGUAUAACGCACUCGCAUAAAAUACACACAUACACACACACACGCGCGCGCGCGCGCGCGUAGGUCCUAAACUGAAGUCUAAGAUUUUGUAAAGUGAAAUAACCGUGUGUCGUUCAAUUAUCGAGACACGUCUUUAACAUAUUAGAAAGUCUGUUUAAUUUAGAACAAAGCAUAUUAUAGAGAGAGGUGGAGCAGACGCUGUAGGCGAGGCUCUCCCCUCUUGUCGACCACAGCGUUUCUUUUUGAAAUGAAUUUCGUUUUAGGUGCCUCGUGGUCGAUUUAUCUUUCUUCGAAUCACCAGUUCAAAUGUUCCCACCAGCGGUAGAAAAUUCGCUGUGUGAAGCAUAGGAGUGGAAGUCACAUGAUACUCACAGAUAUAUAUAUGUAUCUUUACUUUGAAGGUAACGGCGGAAGUUUACCAAUGAAAGAUUAGAUUUUUUCUAGCUCCGUGGAUGAAACCGGUGCGAGGCAAAACUCUUCGUAGGAUGAAUUUUAUAGAUUAUAUAAAUAUAUAUAUAUCUAAACGCAUAUAUAUACAUAUAUAUGUGUAUAUAUAUGUGCAUAUAUAUGCAUACGUGAAUCGCAUAAACACGUACAUACACGUUACAUAUAUACAUACACGAAACAUAUAUAGUAUAUAUAUUUUUUUCUAUUGUUCAAUGUGCAAAAGUUCGAGGUUCAAUCGAAUUACGAUCGAGAGAAAAAGGGCGUACUACGAGAGAAACCGACAUUUAGCUUCCUUAUGACAAAUUGCUCGUAGGAUCCUUUAAUUAUGUAUUGUGUAUCGUUUAUCUAACUUCUACUAUUAUUAUUAUCGAUUAUUAUUAUUAAUAUUAAUACUAUCGUUUUUUCCUCCGCGACAAUUUCUAGACACUCAUAGUAUCGUACAAUAGCUGUGAUCGUUAAGCUCGACGUUUACACUUCUACCUAUAGUCGAUAAUGAAAUCUUAAAAUCCCUCGGGGCGGACGGUAACGAUAAGUUCGAACGACGUCGUCCACUUCCAAAAAACAAAAAGAGACGGUCCAUGUAAGUACACUUUUUUACGCCUCUCUUUUGUUUCUCCGUAUCUAUUUUUAUUUUCAUUUCUCUCUUCCUCUCUCUUUCUGUAUAUUUUUCCUCUGCCGAAAUCACGAACUGAGAAACCGUAUACGUAGGCACACAUGUACACAGCGUACCUGAUUCGUCAGGCGGAAUUCAACGACGUGCUUGUUCGCUCGUCGGCCUUAAUUUUUUCGUGUUCGAGCGAAGCCACCGGCGUACAAAGUGGCCCGCCGACACACACGAUGCUGAUAAGUAAGAUAAACGAAGACGAGGUAGAACAAAAAUUCGUUCGUUAAGUUGUGUAGCUCGAGCUUGUCGAGAGAACCACGCACCCCGCUUCUGACGUGUAGCUGAUGUAGCUCGUUUCGGACGAUUCCUCUUUCUUCUCGUCGAUCGAAAAUCAAGGAAAACGUAGAACAAAAAAGAAGAGAGAAGAAUAAAAGAAAUACGGAAAGAGGAAUUCGCAUACACAUGCGCGCGCGCACGCAUGCACAGAUUUAGCACGAAUUCAACACAGAACCUGGCCUCGCCGGUUCUUUCCAUUUCCUUUGUUAUUCGUAGGUACACUUUCUCUGCGGAAAUCGCGCGAUCGUCCUGCUUCCAUGGCGAUCGACAUUCCAUUGUCGUAUCAAUUCGCGAGCAGACACAUCGUGCACGAGAAAAUUUGAAUUUCUGGCGCGAUCUCGGGUUUCUAGUUCUUAUAACCAGCACUCUGUGCCUAGAAACGAUAUUAAGUCUCCUUGUCGUUCUUAUAUUCUGGGACGUGUGUUCCUAACUUGUUACCAAGAUUUCUUCGAAUCUUCGAAUCAAAAUAUAGAUCACUAGAUGUAUAGAUUAAACGAACGUUCUGUGUAAAUGCUUAGGUCGUAGUAGAGAGACGCUUCGAUAGAAUAAUUCAAUAAUUUUACCUAAUUAGAUCCAAUAAUUUUAGCGAACGGUAGAUUAUUGGAGUUGAUACGUUGUGAAGUGAACGAUAUUCGAGACUCGUAAAAAUAUUCGUAAGAACCAUGAAAUUCUUUUUCCUCGUGCAGCACGAAAGUUUACAUGUCCACGGUUUCUAUUCGUCCGGUUCUCUUCUCGAUCGAAGAGCCUCGAAGAGAAGUCAAAGAGCACACGUAGAGCACGCUCUCCGCACAGUCCCUGUUUCCGUUACACCUCCGCGAAGGUAAACUCAUGGUAAGACGACGAGAAAGCACUGUCUCGUAAAGAGCACACAUAAUCGAUCGACUUUAAAUCUAACGUUUGCUUGCACGCUGCACUCUGAAAGCUCGAGUGGUGUUAGACGAGCAUUUAGCUGUAACGUUGUGAGACGGUCACACGACGCGCCAGCUUAUGCUCCGACAAGAUACUUUGAGCUAUUUUUUAUCGUAGAAUAACGCGACGAUUGUAUUCACGAUUUGCUUCUACAAUUUGGAUUAUUAAGCGACUCGACUUACAAUGGAAGAGGAUUAAGAAUUUAGAAAUUGAUUCGUAUUUAUGAAGCGCUUAUACAGAUCUCGAAGGUUAAUUUUAAGAUGUCGAUGUUUGGUUUAUUGACCAAAAAAAAAUGUGAAACGAAGAAUGCUCCGAUUUAUAUACUUAAGGAAGUAACAAAGAAUUGCAUUUUUUAUAAAAUUCUUAAUUAAUGGCGUCUCUGACGAUUAUAGGAAACUUUGCAAUCGUUCGGCUUCUAUUUUUAAUUUUCUUAUCGAUUCGACGAUCGCGAAGUUUUCUUCUAAAUCACUGAGAGACAAAAGAAUAGAAUUUUGUCUCGAGUCGUUUAGUACAUACAUCUUAAAGCACGCUAAAAGAUUAUGAAGCAAUCGUGAUAAGAGACUCUUUGCGGGAUUACAUUAUCAAACAACGUAAAUCCCAUUCUGCUCGGAUGAACCUUUACCUUGAUUUACUUUGGAAUUCCGGCAAGCGGUGUUUCUUUCCCUUCCUUACUUUGGAAACGCUCGAAUCUACGUGGUGAUCGGGCAGCUUGUGCGUUGAGAGUUGGUCUGCGCGAUUAGAUGCAAAUAAAAAUCAAAACCGAACAUUCUAAAUACGAAUGACACGGUUAGUUUUCGUUUUCGUUUUCAUUGAAUGACAAGGAAUAAUUUCAGAUGCUUCUCUACGAUUCGAGAACGUAAUUACCUCGUAAAUGACAGCUUUUAGUAGUUAAAGAGAUCAUUAACUGUUGUUUCGACGCGUGGUUUUCAAAGAUCUCGUCAACUCAAUAAAACUAAUCACGAUCGAAGUUUCGUGUAUAAAUCGACCGUGUAUAUAUCGGAUUUUCCAAUAUGCUCGUUCAUCCAGGGUGACGUACACUUACACGAAUACCAAAUCGACGUGCCUGCAACGUUCUACCUGUGUUGUUCGUCAAUUGGUUUUUCUAUGAUAGCGGAAAAAUCGCAAAAUUACGAAUGUAUAUUAUACGAACGAACACAGUACAGAACAGAGCAAGAAUUUUCACGUUUUUCGUAUUUGAAGGAGCUCUUUGCUUUCGUUUUUUAUUGUCCAUUUUGACGAGAUCGCCGGAGAAAACCUGAGGAACUGGAUCUGGUCUCUCGCGAGCGGACGCACGAGGAUCCAGACGCGAGAAGAGAUGAAACGAACGCGUGAAAGUAUUUUCUAAAGAACCCCGUGCGUGCGAAACCGCGUUCCACGAUGGGUGCGAAGAACUUGUUGGAGCCACAUCUCAGAAGAAUUUUGUAAUGAUGCGAGAUUUAAAAUUAAAUCGAUGAGAAUGAGGUCGAACUGAGGUGGAGAGAGGAUAGAUCGGAAACAGAAAAAAAUGUCGACAGAUAUUUGGAGAGGAGAGAGAAAGGAUUACUCAUGAAGGAUAGAGUCGCGUUUUUAUUUUUCUAGCGAUUCUCUGACGUGCGAAACGAACGUUGUUUGACGACAACCCCCCCCCCCUCUCCCUUUUUUUACCUAGACGCCUAAAAAAGAAGAAUGAGUGAGCGUGUCUGUGUGAGCGAGAGAAAAAAGUAAAAAAGAACGACAAAAAAAAAUUAAUAAGAAAAAUUAUGUAAACGUAGUAUCGAUAGAGUUUGUUUUACGUGUGAUAUAUAUAGGAAAAAAUGUAAUUCGAUAUUAUAGAAUAUUCUUUUUUUUACUGACCAAAAUUUAUACGCUUAGAAACGUUUUUACACUCUGUGUGAGAGAUAAUCGUAAUUCACGUACAAAAAGGAAUGAUUACGAGAAAAAAAAAAAGAUGAAAAAAAUACGAAAAAAGAGAAAGGACAAAAAAAUAAAAACUAAAAUUACGAAACAUUUAGAGAUGACGAAGAAAGACGAGCUUUAGACUAUGUCGUGUGACGUGAUUUGUUGUAGGUUUUGCUUCUUUCGACGGCAUCGUCGAUAUCCUUUCUUCUGUCUUUUUUCUUUUCUUUUUUUUUUAGAGUAUACAAAGAAAUGUUUCAUUUGCGCGAGAACGAUACGUAAACCAUUAUUCGACGCUCUUUGUAAAAGUAAAUUACAUCUUCACGAUUUAAUAUACUUUCCUGCGAGAUUUAGCGAUUUUUCCGGGAGAUAAUAGCACAUCAUCCGUAGCGUUUAACCACUUAGAUCUGAGUUGUGGCAUAAUUCGCGCGAUCACCGAACCACUAUAUCAGAUGAAUCAAUCAACGAGAUCCGCGAGCGUGAAUUUCGCGAUCGAACGAUCAAACGAGCCUUCCUGUUUGAUAUCUGCGUUUUCUUCUUAAAUCUUUGUCAAUGCUGAGCCACGAUAGUACGCUUUGCAAACAUGAACCUGAGCGAUCCGUUUAGAUUAAUCGCUGCAACACUCUUUUCUUCGAUAGUUAAGUUUGGCGAGAGUGAAACGAACAAGAAAUGGGAGAUAGACGAAAGAUAGAAUAGGCGAUCGAUUUCGUUGAUCGUUCGACGAUGCACGUGACCGGAUUCGCACCCGUUUCGUUUCUCGUCUCCCUUGUGCUCGCCGCUUGUGGAAAAACAACGCGAAAUAGAAAAUAAACAGAUUAGACGAUUCGAACAUCGAGGAGAUGGUAUCAGCAUUUGUUUCAAAAGGGAUGAAAAAAAAGGUGGAUAGCAAAAAGAAAAACGAAUAUCGCGCAUGUAAUCGAGAAAGUGUAACGCAAAAUAGGUAUAUGAUAAUAUUACAUAAUAUACAUACAAUUGUGAUCGUGAGAGUAACUGUUACGAAUAAAAUAAAUUACGAAUAAAUCACGUGACUUUUUUCCAAGCUA